GUCAGGGGUGCGGCGAGAAAGAGACCUGAAUUAAUUGAGAAUCACGCUGGUAGCGGACGGCUGGUGCCUAGUAACGAGGAUGAUGUUCGACUUCUCUGAAGACGCGGAGGCGGCGACGGGCGGCGCGUCGCGAGGCGACGGCGACGCCGGCCCGACCCGGUCGCAGUCACAGAGCCAGCCGGAGGCGAUGCAGAAGCGAGAGUCGUCCGACAGCUACGUAGGCGCGGAGGAUGAGCCGGCCCAGGGACGACAGGACGCCGUCUCCACGCUCCUGCCCGUCCUCAAAGACAUCUCGCAUCAGUUCUCCGAGUUCAUGGGGGCGAUGGAGACGGCUGUGCGGGACCUAGCGAAGUCCGAGAACGACAUCCACGCGGAGCUGCUGCAGCAGGUGGCGCAGUCGAGGCAGGUGCUGGCUGCCCACGGACGGAUGCAGCACCGCUUCACAGACCGGCUGAGUCACGUGACCCGGGGCUUACGGCGCCCAGAAUGGGCUCACGGCUCACGCCCGGUGCUGAACCUGGUGGGCAGUGCCAUGACCUGGCAGGUGCCGAUCCUGCGCAACCGGCCGCGACUGGCCUAUCCUGGGCAGUGA